GUUCCAGGAUCUGCUUACCUGGGAAGAUGGCCUCGCACGCUGAACGUGCCGGGAGUUACUUCCGAGUAAGCACGAAGAGGAUCGGGAGGCGCGCUCACUCACGGGCGCUCUCCUGGCAAGCCCCAUUCAGCAGCUCCCGCGCCACGGCUCUCCUCGAAGUCCCGCCCACCCUCUUGGCAGCCCCGCCCCCUGGCUCUUCGCGAGUCAGGCGUCUUCCAAGCGGUCCGCUAGGACACUUUUCGGUUGGAUGCAAAGGGUCCAGGUGGAGCGGCGGGCGAGAUCCAGGACUCGAGCGAAGAGAAGCCAGCAAGGGGUCUGCUACCUCCAAAUUUACAGAGCAGAGAAUCUUGCAAAAGAAAUCUCGAGGACAAGACUGGGCGGUGGUGAUGCAAUAGAGGUUUUCCUUCCUCCUUUCCUUAAGGGACCCAGGUGUCCGGUUUCCCCAACCCAGGGAGGUGAAAAAGCAUCUGGCAUGCCUUCUGGUGUUUACCUCUCCAUCUACCUGCUCACCAUCCUGACGGGCUUUCCCACCAACCUUCUGGCCCUGUAUGCCCUCAUCAAGAAGCUGAAGACCAAAGCCACGCCCAACUGUGUCCUUCUCCUCAACCUCACUGUUUCCGACCUCUGCUUCCUGGCUUUCCUGCCCUUCAAGGUGGCAGAGGCGGUUGCCGGGCAGUGGCCUCUCCCCGCUCCCCUAUGUCCCCUCAGCGGCCUCUUCUACUUCAGCACCAUCUACUCCAGCACCCUCUUCCUCACGGCGGUGAGCGUGGAGCGCUACCUGGGCGUGGCCUACCCCAUCCACUACAAGCUGAGGCGCCAUUCGGCUUACGCGGCUGUGGCCAGCCUAGGCCUCUGGGCCUGCUCCUUUGCCCAUUGCAGCAUUGUGUACAUCACCGAGUUUCAGCCAUACAACAACACAGAGCCAGACAACGGCUCCCAUAAGAACUGCUACAAGAACUUCACAGAUGUCCAGCUCGCCAUCCUUCUCCCCGUCCGCCUGGAGCUUGGCAUCGUCCUUUUCCUGGUCCCGUCCUUGCUCACUUGCUUCUGCUACUUCGGCUUCAUGAGGAUCGUGAUCUCCUCGCCGCACAUCCGCAGGAGCAAAAAGCAGCGAGCCGUGGGGCUGGUGUCAGCCACGUUAGCCGUCUUCAUCGUCUGCUUCUCGCCUUACAACAUCUCCCACGUGGUGGGCUUCAUCCAAUGGGAAGAUCCGCGGUGGAGGGAUGAGGCCUUGCUCCUCAGCACCUUCAAUGCCAGCUUGGAUCCAGUCAUCUUCUACUUUUCUUCCUCUGCAGUGCAACGUUCAUGCUGGGGCUUCCUGACCCGGGUAGAGAGGGUCUGUGCCUUGCCUUCAGUGAUCCGCAAGGUGUUCUAUAGAGAGAGUGAAAAACUGGGGAGAGCAGGUCCCCAGGAGGCAGUUUGCUGUUCCAGGUUAUGACCAUCUACAUCUAUGGACAUGACCAGAGACUGAGACUUUCUUUGUGGGCCAAGCAGAUACUACAACAUUUGAUUUGAGUCUGACAGAAAUGGCUCCAGGCCCCCGAAACUGAAAUCUCAGUAUCAUGCACCUCUGUGGUUUCUGCACCUCUGAGGCUAGCUGGACUGUGCCCAGAGAAGCUCCGUAAGUCCUUUUCCACGCUGGGUUGAGGAAUCAUGGAAUGUAGAGUUGGACAUCUAGUCUAACCCCUUGCAAUGCAGGAAUCAUUUGCCCAACAUGGGGCUCGAACCCACAACCCCAAAAUUAAGGGUCUCAUGCUCUACCAAUUAAGCCUCUCCCCUCUUGGUUCUUGAAGCCUAGAAGUAAUGAUGGGUGAGAGGCACUUCCCUCCAGUUUUAUUUUGAAUAUGUUUUGAAGAAAAUAAGUUUAAUUUGGUGAGUGCAUGUAGGAUGCAAGCUCAUUCUGACUAGGCACCACUACUGUCAUGAGCUCCACAAGGCAUGGGGCUCUCCCUUCUCCAUCCAUUGAGCUCCCAUGCCACGCAUGAGCUUCCCCCCAUGUCUUGCUUCUUGUCUGUAUCCCCCAAAGUCAGCCAGUGGUGAAUGUGGCUUACAAGGCCUCCACUAGGUCCUAGGCCAGGCAUGGGGAACUCAGCCCUCCAGAUGUUUUGGGACUACAACUCCCAUCACCCCUGACCACUGGUCCUGUUAGCUAGGGAUGAUGGGAGUUGUAGUCCCAAAACAUCUGGAGGGCUGAGUUCACCUAUGCCUGCCCUAGGCACUGCUCUGCUAGUUAUGGAGGAGACAAAUAAAUCAGGAGCCAUGAGAAAUGUUCCCAUGGCUCCUGAUAUCCUGGAUGCUGCUCCACAUGUUCCUAGCGGCAUUGUGGAGAUGGUUCACAGCAGGGCGAGGUGCUUGGUGAUGCCUAGCAG